UUUCCUUUUCUUGCUUUUAGGAACAAUGGAGUCCAAAGAUCAAGACGUGAAAAAUCUCGACAUGGAAAAUGACCAUCAGGAAAAGGAGGAAAAGGAAGAAAAGCCGCAAGAUGCUAACAAAAGGGAGCUGCCGGUGACCCUGCCUUUUGAAGCAGGGCGCUUCCGUGUGCCUAAGGGAAGUCGCAGGCGGCUCCGCGUUAGGCAGCCCAUCGUGCACUAUAGAUGGGACCUGAUGUAUAGGGUUGCAGAGCCCCAGGCAAGGAUGAGAGAUGAGAACAUGGAGAGGCUUGGGGAGGAUGUGAGACACCUCAUGGAGAAGCUGAGGGAGAGGCAGCAGAGCCAUACUCUGCGGGCAGUUAGCACUGACCCCCCUCACCAUGACCACCAUGAUGAGUUUUGCCUUAUGCCCUGAACGCUCAAGUUUUAUCUUAAUAUGGGGACCCCUGCUUUCAAGACUUACAUGUUUGUGAUGUACUGUUGUAAAAUUUUGAGGUUAAUUCUUUUAUGUGGAUCUCUUCCUGUUGCCAGCUUCUAAUUAGAAUUUGUGCUUUGACUCAGUCUGUAAUUCUUGUUAGCAGAGUUUAUCAGUUGCAUGGAAAGAUGCCCAUUAUAUAUUGUGAAGCGAAUAAAGCAGAUUGAA